UGAGAAGCGAAACGUCAUCCAAGAAAAAAAAACAGAAAAGCUCAGUUACCUCUUGAAAAAGCACUUUUGGGACAUGCGUCCUGGCGGGAAACGAAAAGUGAUUGUUCUUCCUUCCCUUGCCUAUGGAGAACAGUGCGAUGGUAAAAUGACUAAAUAUGAACAUCUAUUAUUUUUAUUGCAUAAUUUUGGCAAUAAAACGUGCCUGCUCAGCUUGGUAUAAAUGAAGCCAUUCAAUAAAAUAUUUUUUUGGGGGGGGGGCGGAGAGAGAAGGCUAAGAGACAAUUCUCCCAAAAUAUGAUCGGUGCUUCACCUUUCACCGCGUCUGCGGGAAAAGAAACCGCACCCACGAGGCAGCGAGAGACUCCAACCCUGCUCAUCCUACCUAUGUGUAAUAACCGCCCUCCCUCGCUUUAAAUGAACGAGAAAACGUAGCAAGAAAUGCAAAGUGAACGCCGUAAAAAGUCCCAACGACCGCACGCUUUCUCUAGCCUAGAAAAGGGGGAAGGGGUGGAAAGAGGGGCGGGGGGCAAAGAAACAGGCGCGAGGCACACCUACUACGCCUUUUACGCAUCUGCCGGAACAGGGCAAAACAGCGAAGCGGCUUUGCGUAGACGGAGCAUCUUCGGCCACGCCCCACUCGGCUCCCGUGACGUCGAACAAUGCUGCUAUAGUGCCACGCAGCCAGAGGACCAGUUUUGCAGCCAGAGGACCAAUUUUGCAACUAUGGCUUUCCGCGCGGGACUCUGCUUUCUCCUGCUGGCGUUUGCUCUCCUCCUCCUUCCGUCCUACGAGCAGAAGGCAGUGAGUCCCCCUGCAGAAGAUGUCCAGAUAGAAAUCUUGCACGUCCCCGAGGUCUGCGAGCCCAAGAGCAAAAAGGGUGAUUUACUCAAUGCCCAUUACGACGGUUUCCUAGGCAGUAAUAAGACCAAGUUUUACUGCAGUCGCACACAAAAUGAUGGCCAUCCAAAAUGGUUUGUCCUUGGUGUUGGCCAAGUCAUUAAAGGCUUAGAUAUUGCAAUGAUGAAUAUGUGUCCUGGAGAGAAACGAAAAGUGAUCAUUCCUCCUUCACUUGGCUAUGGAGAACAAGGCUAUGAACCAGCAAAGAUCCCACCCAAUGCAACACUGAUCUUCGAAAUUGAAUUGUAUGCAGUAAGUAAAGGGCCACGGAGUGUUGAAACAUUUUCUCAAAUAGACCUGGAUAGUGACAAAAAGCUUUCAAAGGAAGAGAUAAAUCAUUAUUUGAAGAAAGAAUUUGAAAGAGAUGGCGAAAAACGGGAUUCUUCUGUUCAAAAUGAUAUUUUGGUAGAUAUAUUUAAAAAGAAUGACCAUGAUGGUGAUGGCUUCAUAUCUGCCAAAGAAUACAAUGUCUACCAGCAUGAUGAACUAUAAAAAUGUAUUAUUCAAAUGUCUACUUGUUGCUUUAUGGACUUUGGUGAUCUUGCAGUUUUCAUGGGCCAUGGAGUUCCGCAGCUAUCACAACUGGAUGACUUGGCUGUACUCACUCCUCUUCCUAAAACAAGUCUUGGUAGAUGUAUUCAAAGGAAUUUAAAGGUGUGGCUUGGAUUUGGUGAAUCAAAUACACAUCCUGCACAAAGGUAUAAUGAAGCAACUCCAUUAGUUUCGCUGCAAUAUAUCCACAGGGAAAAGUAUUUUUUGUGUUACCUACCAGUUUAUGUACAUUCACUGUGGUAAUUUUUAUACUUUUGUACUGAGAUCAAAAUUGGUUUCGAUUAUGGUCCUAUAAACUGCAGCAAAAAUAAAAUCUGAAA